GGAACAAGUUCCAGACUCGUGUUUCGGAGCCGUAGGCGAUAGAGCAGCUGUGUGCGCCGAGGAGCCAGACGCACCUGCAGACACUGUUUGCGUCUUUGGGCAAAACUUUUUAUGAGACUGCGCACCAGCUCCACUACUUCUGGCGCGUUUUUCUGAACUUUGUUUUUCUUUUACGUCCCUGUAAGUGAACGCUAAAAGUCGCCAGAAUGUAUAACAUGAUGGAAACCGAGCUCAAGACCCCGAUCCCGCCGCCAAACUCGGGAUCGGCGCCGGGCGCGAAGAACAACAGCGCCAGUGAUCAGGAGCGCGUGAAGCGGCCGAUGAACGCCUUCAUGGUCUGGUCCAGAGGCCAACGGAGGAAGAUGGCACAAGAAAAUCCUAAAAUGCACAACUCGGAGAUCAGCAAGCGACUCGGCGCUGACUGGAAACUUCUCACCGACGCCGAGAAGAGGCCGUUCAUUGACGAGGCCAAGCGUUUACGCGCCAUGCACAUGAAGGAGCAUCCGGAUUACAAAUACCGUCCCCGCAGGAAGACCAAGACCUUGCUCAAGAAAGACAAGUACUCUUUGCCGGGCGGUCUGUUGGCGCCAGGGGCCAACACCGUCAGUAACUCUGUGUCUGUGGGCCAGCGGAUGGACGGUUACGCACACAUGAACGGCUGGACGAACAGCGCGUACUCGCUCAUGCAGGAUCAGCUGGCCUACCCUCAACACCACAGCAUGAACAGCCCGCAGAUCCAGCAGAUGCACCGGUACGAGAUGGCGGGGCUCCAGUACCCGAUGAUGACCUCGGCGCAGACGUACAUGAACGCGGCGUCCACGUACAGCAUGUCUCCGGCGUACACGCAGCAGAGCAGCAGCGCCAUGGGACUGAGCUCCAUGGCGUCCGUGUGCAAGACCGAACCGAGCUCGCCGCCACCGGCCAUCACGUCCCACACUCAGCGUGCGUGUUUGGGGGACCUGAGGGACAUGAUAAGCAUGUACCUGCCCCCCGGCGGGGACAGCGCGGAGCACGCGUCCCUGCAGAGCAGCCGGUUACACAGCGUCCAUCCGCACUAUCAGAGCGCAGGGACCGGCGUCAACGGGACGCUACCGCUCACCCACAUCUGAACACUCUGCUUUCCUUAAAAAAUAAAAAUAAAAAAGUACUUCGGAUACUUGAACUUUUUUUUUUUUUUUUUGGUUGCUAAAGAAACGUUGAAAAGUUUUUCUUUUUAUCCAGUUCUUUUCAGUUUGAGACGGACCCGAACUGAACCAUCAGAGUAAAUCGCUUUUGAAAGUUUUAAGCAAUCAACUUUGUGUACAGAAGAAGGUGGACUUCUUUGAAAUAUUGCCGCAUUUUCUCUCUUGUGAAAAAAAGGCAUGUGGCCUCGUCAAGAGGCUGAAAGAUGGAUGGAAAAGUUCGAUAUUAAUGUUUACACCUUAAUUUGUAGAAAGUCAGUUUUUGUCUCGACUGUGUCCAAAUUUUUGUAGUUUUUUCCCCCCUCCUCCUAUUCUCAUAGUUUUAAAUGAUGUUAAGACUGUGCGGGUCGCAACGCAAGUUUUAUUUAUAGUGAGGUAUGUUUGUUUUUUAGCGUGUGAACCCGAUGUUUUGUCAAGUGAAAUAUCGACUUUUUGUAAUUUUUUUUCCUGUGAUGGUUUCUUUUUUUUUUUGGACAGUGUCAUGUUUACUCUAUCAUGAACGAAAGGUUUAUUUAAACUGACGUUUCUACAUAUUUUAAGACCAUCCUCUAUUCUUAAAUGCUGAAUAAAUUUGUAUAAAACAUUA